AUGAGCAGCAGUGAAAAGACGACCCCCUUGCCUCCGAACGUAUUCGAUUCCAUUUCCAUAGAUAAUCUUCUCUUCCGAAGUGUCAAAGGCGCCACAACUGAACUACCCGCGAUCCUUCAUCGUUUCUCCCCUCCCCUUGAUCUCGUUGACGUAUACCCUCAUCCAAGUCUCACCCCGUUCAUCAGAACGCGGUCACCGAAAUGCUGUCUCCCUAACGGCGCUCCACCACGAAGGCCAUCCAACCUUCCUCCUCCCGGGGAUCUUAAACUAUCCUUCAGUCUGGGCCCCUCCCUGGGCUCUGGCCACUCUGGGAUCGUCUAUGAGGCUCACAACGUCUUCAUCAGCCCCGCCGAGAAUAGCUCCUCCAUCGACUCUCCUCCCGUUUAUCUGCCUCCCCUCGUUGUCAAAGUCGCCCACAGAAAUCGCUGCCAGUCUCUCGUUCGGGAGGCCUGGUUCUACGACGAGAUGGAGUGCUUACAGGGCGCUUCGAUAGCGCGGUGCUACGGCUGCUUCGAGCUCGAACUCAGAAGAGGAUGGCGCGUUCGUCCAUGGCAGAACGACGGAGAAUGGGUCACCAUUGGCUCCGAUUACGAUAGGAUACCAGACUACGCACGAUACCCUCCCGAUAUCGCCAGAGAAGCUGGAAUCGCACCACAUCCGCUGCUGACAGACUUGGUCAUGGAACGUGAUCGGCUGUUUGUGCUUGUUCUCGAGCGGUUGGGAGACGAACUAUCAUCCAGGGUCCUGCACUCAGAAGCCGAAAAAGAGGACAUUAGGAAUAUCUACAAAGAUGUUGCCACUCUCGGCAUAUCGCUCGCGACCGACGUCCGGCCGAGCAACAUCCUCACCGCUCCGCCCUGUCCUCCCGGCCUUCCCAGUCUUCCGUCUCCUUUCACAAACUUCUAUACGAAGGCUCAGAACGCAUUCAGCUCCAUCACCAUCGAAGGUCUCGUAUUCCGAAGGAUCGAUGGUGUUCAUACACAGUUUCCCGCUACCCUUUCCCGUUUCUCCGUCCCGAGAACACUCAUCGACAUAUACCCUCACCCAGCUAUCGAAUCAUUCAUCAGCACUCGUCCUCGUUCAGCAUACUCACCCAGGGGACCACAAGACCGUCGGCCAUCCAAAUUGCCUCCUCCUGGCCAUCUCAACCUCAAAUUCAGCCUUGGGGAAGUCGUUGGUUCUGGACGCUCAGGCAUCGUUUAUGAUAUUUCUCAGUCUCACAUCUCUGGAGAACCCGACGCUGGUGAUCCUCUCGUUGGACAUUUGCCCCCUCUCGUAGCGAAGAUAGGUCGUCAGAAUCGUUGUCAAUCCAUCGCCCACGAAACAUGGUUCUACGACGAAAUGGAAUAUAUUCAGGGCUCUUCAAUCGCACGAUGCUACGGGUGCUACGAACUCAAGCUCGAAACAGGUUGGCGCGUGAAUCCUUGGGAAGAUGCGAGUCAUGAGGCGUAUGAUGAUUCGCUUGACACCUGCCCGAACUUCAAAAGGUAUCCUGCCAUCGCGGCCAGGGAAGCGGAGAUUCUGCCUCAUCCUUUACUCAGAGACCUUGUGUAUACGACGGAUCGGGUAUUCGUGAUUCUUCUUGAGAAGCUGGGGUGUGAGAUAUCGGGAGGUUAUCAAUAUGCAGAGUCUGUGCAGGCGGAUAUAAAAGGCCUAUACAAAGAUGUCGCCACCAUGGGCAUCACACUUGCCAAUUGCAUCGGUCCCAAAAACAUCCUCGUCGCGCCUUCUUCUCCUACGAGUCUACCCAGCCUACCCUCGCCAUUUACCAAGCGCAUCCACGUGGCUGCGAGCGAAAUCUGUGAGCCCAUGGCUCAGAAUACAUUCGACACCAUCAAGAUAGAGGAUCUGCUUCGUAGAGUCGGGAACGAGAAUCGGACAUUACACUCUGCUACUCUGUCUCGCAUGACUAUCCCAGAGAAUCUCAUCGCCCCUUAUCCUCAUCCUGACUUAAUAGAUUCAGAAUACAUGGAAGGUUUUAUGCGACCGGAGAAGUUUCACGAGCCGAACGGUCCGCUUCCUCGGCCACCUUCGAAGCUUCCUCCUCCUGCGCAUGCCACCCUCUCUUUCAAGCUCGGAAGACGUAUGGCUUCUGGGAUGACGGGCGUCGUCUAUGAGGCCAUUGAUGUCCGCAUCGCUCCCUCCCCCGACCACGGUACUAAGCCCACUGGUUACCUUCCUCCUCUUGUGGUUAAAAUCGGUCGGAGUAAUCGCUGCAUGUCCAUGGGGCGCGAGGCCUGGUUCUACAAUGAGAUGGAGUCUUUGCAGGGCAUCGCCAUCGCUCGGUGCUACGGCUGCUUUGAGCUCGAGUUGCAAAGGGGUAUGCUCGCUGAGCCGUGGCAGGAUCGGCUCAACAGGACCGACUACGACAAUGAAUAUGACGAACUGCCCGAUUUUAUAGAAUAUCCUGAAGAGGCUCUGGAGGAGAAGGAGGUGGACCCUCAUCCCCUACUCAAGAAACUCAUUAAAGCUCGUAAUCGUCUCUGUAUCACUGUCCUCGAGCGUCUAGGGCCCGCGCUCGAGCCGGGUGUCGUACAUCCUCUAGAAUCCCGGCACGUCCUCUUCUCUUUUGCACUCACGUCAUCCCCUUACAUCGUUGUCCACCAUUCAUUUCUUAGGGAGGAGAUAAAAUCUAUGUACACCAAUACUGCUGCCCUCGGAGUUCACCUCUCGGACACCAUCGUCCGCCAGAACAUCCUACACGCACCCAAGUCUCCACCCGGAAUCCCUUCCCAGGUCUCUCCUUUCACUGGACGCACGCACGCAUGGCGCGCAGUCGGUUUUGGUGGCGCGAUAAAGAUUCUUUAUAAACGCUGGCUUACAGACGGGGAACAAGACGAGUGGGUUGAUGUUAUGUGGGCAAGCAUUGCCUACUUGGGCAGUAUACCCAGCGACGAUUCCUGCUCCAGUCGGAGCUUGCCUUUGGACCACGUUGAUAACCGCACCUCUCCCUACCUCUCCUAUACGAGCAGGACUACUCCAGAUAUCCUACCGAUGGCCCAAAAUUCAUUCGAUUCCAUCGUGAUCAAUGGCCUCGUGUACCGCAAGGAGUCUGACAUCAAGAAAUUCGAGCCGGCGACACUCGAUCACGCGAUUCUCCCAGCCAAUCUUAUUGACCCUUAUCCCCACCCAGACCUUGAGGAAUGGACUGGUAGAAGACCUGACGAAUGCUACGAGCCCGGUGGACCGAUUCCACGCCCUCCCUCCACCCUUCCACCUCCCGCACACUCCACCCUCUCUUUCAGCCUCGGCGAAGCCGUCAGUCGCGGUCGUUCCGGUAUCAUUUUUGACGCUGCCGAUGUUUGCGUUGUCCCCCGCGAUGGAAAUGAAGCCCCGACAGGCUACCUGCCGCCCCUCGUUGUCAGAAUCGGCCGAUCUAAUCGUUGUUAUUCUCUCGCUCGCGAGGCCUGGUUCCACGAAGAGAUGGAGUGUAUCCAAGGUAUCGCAAUUGCGAGGUGCUAUGGUUGCUUCGAGAUGGAAUUACCUCGCGGACGUUUUGUAUAUCCAUGGCAAGAGCCUCUCUUCGCGACCGAAGAUGAUGAUGACCGUGACGAGUUCAUCGACUUCGAUGAAUACCCCGCCGAGGCGACGCGUGAAACUGGUGUCGCUCCUCAUCCUCUUUUGGCUGAGCUCAUUCGACAAGAUCGACACGUGCUUGUCCUCGUUCUGGAGUGUUUGGGGCCCCGACUUCCUACGGGCACCAGGCAUCCAGAGGAUGUGCAGGAAGAUAUCAAGGGUGUAUACGACAACCUCGGAGCUCUUGGAGUCCAAGUCGGAGAUAGUCUGAUCUCCGAGAAUAUCCUCGCUGCGCCAUGUUCUCCUCCUGGCAUCCCUAGUCGGCUAUCCCCUUUCACGCACCGUACGCACGCCUGGCGUGCUAUUGACUUUGAGAGUGCAUUCAAGGUUCCCUAUACCCGUGAGGUUACGUGGCAUGACCACGGCAGCUGGUUAACCAACAUGUUUCCUUACAUUCGCAGCCGUAGGCCCGACGCGGACUCCCGGUCUUCUUCUCCUGAAUCUGUUCCAACGACACCAGAGCCAAUUAGUAGUGGGGAAGACGAAUACGACUAG